GCUGAAAGAGCACCUGGAGGGGGGCCACAUGGAGGAAAGGAGCCCCCAGCAGUGCUCGGCGGUGUAACUCGACGCUUCAUGAGUUGCCAUCAUCACAUGGCAGAUGGAAAUUUCCACUCAGUUCCUUCCUUGUUAAAUGGGAAGGGUCUCCAACUCUUGUCUCAGUAGUCCGCCUCCUCCUCCGCCUGCUCCAGCUGUCUGCCACGCUGAAUCAGGAGGUCACUUCUACCCCUGUCUAGCAGAGGUUGAGGAAACCCUGAAAUCCUGAAAACCGAACUUCUGCGCCUCUCGCUCUGCUGUGCACCACUAUGCCGGGAGCUGUGGAUCGUAUGGAGCUGAGGAAAGUCUCCACGGAGGCCGAUGACGACAGCACCGACAGCCUGGACGACCGCUUCACUGAGCCCAUCGAUGCUGAGAAGGCCACCAUUGACAGUCAGUUUAUGGAUGACAAUGAGGAUGGAGAAAGUCAGAAGUUCCUGUCAAAUGGUUUGAUGAAGAAGAAAAAAUAUGAGGAAUACCAUGAGGAAUAUCACCCCGGCCACACCUCCUUUGGGAUGUCUGUGUUCAACUUGAGCAACGCCAUCAUGGGCAGCGGCAUCCUGGGCCUGUCCUACGCCAUGGCAAACACCGGCAUCGUUCUCUUUUCGAUACUCCUCGUCUGUGUGGCCACCCUCUCCUUAUAUUCUGUGCAUCUGCUCCUCAUGACAGCAAAAGAAGGAGGAUCCCUCAUCUAUGAGAAGCUUGGAGAGAGAGCCUUUGGCUGGCCGGGGAAAAUAGCAGCGUUCGGAUCCAUCAUUAUGCAGAAUAUUGGAGCCAUGUCCAGCUACCUCUUCAUCGUGAAGUACGAGCUGCCUGAAGUCAUCCGAGCCUUCUUGGGUUUGGAGGAAAUCACUGGUGAAUGGUAUUUGAACGGGAACUACCUGGUCGUGUUCGUGUCCAUCGGAAUCAUUCUGCCUUUGUCUCUCCUCAAAAAUCUGGGGUACCUGGGCUACACCAGUGGCUUUUCACUGUCCUGCAUGGUCUUCUUCCUGGCUGUGGUGAUCUACAAGAAGACUCAGGUGCCCUGCCCCCUUCCUUACUAUUCCCAGUACUCCAACCUCAGCAUAAAUGCCUCGGCCCUCCCGGGGCUGUACCCACUGAACCACUCAGCACACAUGGAUUUUUCCCGAGCAGACGUUUCCCCGGCAGUUGGCGACCACGACGCUCAUCACUCUUCCGCCAUUCAUGUCGAGCCUCACCCCGACGAUGAGGACAUGUGCACCCCAAAAUACUUUGUCUUCAACUCACAGACUGCGUACACUCUACCCAUCCUUGCCUUUGCCUUUGUCUGCCAUCCUGAAGUCCUGCCCAUCUACAGCGAGCUCAAAGAUCGAAGCAGGAAGAAGAUGCAGAUGGUCUCCAACCUGUCCAUCCUGACUAUGCUCAUCAUGUACAUGCUGUCAGCACUGUUUGGAUACCUCACCUUUUACAACAGGGUUGAGGCAGAGUUGCUCCACACCUUCACUAAGGUGUAUAAGUUCGACACCAUGUUGCUGCUUGUGCGUUUGGCUGUUCUCACUGCUGUGACUCUGACCGUGCCCAUCGUGUUGUUCCCAAUCCGCUCCUCCAUCAAUACACUCAUUUUCAGUGGUCGGGAGUUUAGCUGGGUCCGUCACAUUCUGAUUGCCGCUGGCAUCCUGGUCUUCAACAACUUGUUGGUCAUCUUCGUCCCCACCAUCAGGGACAUCUUCGGCUUCAUCGGUUCCUCUGCAGCCACUAUGCUCAUCUUCAUCCUCCCUGCUGCCUUUUACAUCCGCCUGGUAAAAUCAGUGCCGUUCCGCUCCCCACAGAAGAUCGGGGCAUUUGUCUUCCUCCUCGUGGGAAUCGUCUUUAUGAUUGGCAGCUUGUCACUCAUCGUUCUUGAUUGGAUCCACAACCCCCCAGGCUCCAGCGGGGGUCACUAAACCCCAAUUUAGAUACACUUUUAGUAGUGCAGCAAACCCCUUCCACCCACUGCAGCUAGUCCAACAUCUGGGAACAGGGAUGUGACACAACUAAUAUGAGAGAUUAAAAUCCCAGAGAGGGGGAAACGGACUUUAACGAGCCACCAUGACAGCCUGAAAUCAUGUGAUCUUCCUGAUUAUUUCAAUCUAUGAAGUACCGAACAAACCUGACACAGAUCUGUGGACUGCACCUUGCAGGGGUGGAAAGACGAUACAAAUCCCUCGGUCCUCUGUGCACUUGAAGUACUGACAGUUGGAGGUAGCGUGUCGUCCUCCACAAAAUAAGGAGCACUUCAAGCAUUACCUUUAACACACACCCACACACGUAGAGACAUAGUAAAACAUAUCUACACCUUUUUUUUGUUUGGGCUCAUCUCAAAACAACGGAGAAUCUACAACGAAACUCAAUAAUGUCGAACUUUAAAUAAGGAUAGUUUUGCUGUUCUGCUAAAUUUUAACUAACUUCGCCAAAGUCUGCAUGUACCGUUCAAGUGAGUUAACACACACUCUCAAGGAUCUUCAAAGAAGCAAAGAAAUGCUUUCAGUAUUACUGGAUCCGAAAAUGCAAGGUGUCAAUGUAUAUAGCUGGGUGUAUUGGUAGAGGGAGUUGUAAAAAAUAUCAUUUGAUGCUUCAUACGGCUUUUUUCAUUUAGGUUUUAUGAGGCAAAAGGAUCCAAUCUUUCAUAAAAUACAGCUGCUACAAUACGAAAUAUAGCCCUACAUGCAAUGUAAUACUACAUUAUCAGUCCACAGUGGGGAUUUUAGGUCAAAAGAGACAGGAAAUCUUUGCAACAUUUCAUUUACAUAAUUUCCUGGAUGGCUAGGUGCAUGUUAAGCCAUAGUCUAACCUUGCAAAAUGCACAGUCAAAUUUGAAUUAAAUACAAACAACAAUGAGUAAGUUCAAUUUGUGCCAUACUACAAAUGUCACUCCCUCAAAAAUGUAAUGUUGGAAAAAGGCCUUAUGUUUUUAUUUUUUUAAACAUGAUUAUGUGCUCUUCACCUGAGAAGAAUAGUUUGAUGUUUGGGAGAUGUACCUAUGUGAUUUCUUCCCGUCAGUUCGAUGAGAAGAUUGGUACAAUAUGAAGCUGACGUUAAAGCCAGCAGUGUUAAGCUUGCAGAGUAAAAAAGCUUGCUGUUUAUACAUUUCGGUAUUCAAACAACUUCCCCAAAUGACAAAUGGUGUCAACAUUACUAAGCUUUAGAGGUUGGUUUUUACUUUGGACCGAGCAGGGUUAGUUGUUUUCCCACACUUUAGGUUCUUAUGCUAGGCUAAGCUAACCAUCUACAGGAACUAGCUACAACGUUAGCAUACAUGCAUAUAACAUUUUUCAUAAAUGCACUGCUAGACACAAUAAAAUACAAAAAUCUGCCUUUAAAGUAAACGUUUUCAAAGUUUUGAAUCUGUUAAUGGGCCUUUAUCCUCAAAUUGGCUUCUAAUACCGGUGCGUUUCUUUGGUAGAAUAAUUGACAACAACACCGAAACCUCAGUUCGCCUCUUCUCCGACGCUGUUACGUGUCACCAACACAGCCAAAGUGGAAAACAUUUAUAGAUCCUUUGUGGAUCUACGUACAUGAAGCAAAUUGAUAUUUCAAAUGAAAUGGUGUUUUGUGCAUGUUUUUGGGUUACAAACAUGGUCUUUUUUGACAAUUGUAUAUGCUCUGUAAAUAAUCCUUAUUUUAUGGUACACUGACACACAUUGUCUGUGAGUGAUUCUGCCUUACAAGUCUUCUGCAAUCCAGUGUUGGUUUGAGUACAUAUAUAAAUAUAUAUACCGUGUAUUACUUUUUUUUUCUUGCUGUAAGACAGUAGUUUUUUCUUCCUUUAUUUGAAGCUUGUAUAUUUGUAGAAAAUGUGGUCUUUAUAUAUCCAUUUUCAUGUUUUAAUAUUAAUUCGUCAUAUCCGGAUAAAUUAAUCUAACAUCAUAAAGUUCUUCCAGAAGUCUCAGAAGCAAAAGCAAAGUAACUGUAGCUGAUUGGCUCCUGCUGAAUAACACUGGGAUGAAAUUAAAGCCAAAAGCAAGGAGUAUUAAUGGAAUAUUAAGUAAUAAUGAAGUAACAAAAGUAUAACAAGAUAAUCCAAAGUAUUUUCACACUACAGUGAGGUUCUUUUGACAGAACUUCAAACACGUUAUUUGGUAAAAGAGCUCAUCGUAAGCUAGCGCUUGCCAUAGCAUGUAUGCUAACGCGUAGCUUCUCCUUUCGGUGUUGGUUAGUCUAAAAGAUCUAUCUGGACCUCAGACACAGUAGUACCCUACUGUGGCGUAUAAGGUGUAUCACUGCUGUUAUAGAAAAACCUUUUCAAUCCGACUGUUGGUGAGGUUUUAUUUCCAUGAUGUUACUUGAAGUGAAGUUUUCCUCGGCCUGAUAGAAACAGCAAGCUAUAUGACUGUGAGGUCCAGCCACUUCACUAUGAAUGUCAAAUAAUGGCUUGUUCUCAGUUUGAAAAUCUGGCUUACUUGCUCUUAAUUUCUUCAUAGAUGUUUGUCUUUGAUUACAUUAGCCUCCUACCGUUUGUGGCUUAUUUUGCUCAGCUGUAGUCAACAGCUUUGUCUGUUCUUUAGUUUGAGUCUCUCAUUUUACAAAAGGCAAGAGGCUGCAGUAUUUUUAUAGAAUGCUUCCAGCACCACACCCUUUAGUAUCUCAGGUAUCUAGUCUGUAUGAACUGUUCUUCACACUGUUGGACAAAUCUCUUCAACUCUUUUGCGUGAUUGAGCCAUGCUGUACAAUGCUGUUGUAUCUUGUGCGGACCUAGAUCAGGAGCUGUCAUGAGGAUCUGUUUUAAGUGUUUUAAAGAGGAGUUGUACAAAACCGACGGCCUUAUUUUUCUAUAGAUCUCUAGCCAAGGAGAAGCACUGGCUUCAUGUUUCUUCUGUUCACAGCUGCUUCUUGUGGAUCAGGCCGAACAUUCACGUUUGUAAUUUUUCCCAAGCAGAGGGGAUGUUUUUGUAUCAGUGAUGCUGUUUCAUUAUGAUGAACAAUAAAAAUGUGAAAUAUAA